AAGGUGAAGGAGAGUGGGAGAGAGGACAUCAGGAGAAGCGGAGCGCCUUUGUUUUGCCAUGACAUCAUUUUUUAUUCUUUCAUCAGGUUCUACAGUUUUUUUUUUUUUUUUUUAACAUUUUCGUAUUUUUGCCCAUUCCCUUAAUAUAUAUGUUUUUUUAUUUUAUUUUUUAAAUAUUUCCGUAAUCCCACUAUAUUUAUGUUUUUUGUUUUUGUUUUUUAAUAUUUCCGUAAAAAAACUCGAGACAUUCUAUCAGUUGGGAAAAUCGAGCAAAUCCACUCUCGGAAAAUGUGCAUUUUCCUCCGUCUCCUAUUCUUCUUCUUCUUCCUCACGGUCUCUUCUUCGACUCCCAACCUCCCAGUCGUUUCUUCAAAUCCUCAUUGUCGUCCUCUGUUCUCCACAAAUCAACAAAAGAAUACUUCGAACUCACCCCACCGUUGCCGUCCGACAGCCUGAAGCCAUCGUGCACCGUCCGCGUGCUCCGCCAUGACUUCGGCGACACGUAUGGAUCACCUCCCGUCUUCGUCCCUUACCGCCCGCCGUCCGAUUGCCGUGCCCCCUGGUCCUACGUCGUCCUCGAGCUCCACGUCACGUGCCGCGGCGAGCAGUAUGACCGAAUCGCCGCCGUCUGGCUUGGCGGCGUCGAAAUCUUCCGCACUAGCACCGCCGAGCCGACGAAAUCUGGGAUCCUCUGGAAGGUUCGGAAGGACGUCACCAGGUACUCCUCCCUCCUCGCGCUCUCCAACCUCACUCUCACCAUGAUGCUUGAAAACGUCGUCAACGACGUCUUCACCGGCGUUUACCGCGUCAAGCUCUCUCUCUUGUACUACGAUGACGGAAUUAGGGUUCCUUUAACUCUUGCGCAACCAAAGAUGAAUCGGAAAUUAGGCAUACUCGAUGACGAAUCUGUGCUUGAAUCUGAGAGAUCAGCCAACAAUUCACAGAAGAAUGGUGCCCUUUCGUUCGAUGCACCGGCUGAUUUAGUAAUACCAAUUGCCGAUGAUGGAGAUAAAGGGUUUUGGUUCCGAAUACAGAGCGACUCCGACAUACAUUCGAAGAAAAUUCGGAUUCCUCCGAACACUCGUCGUGCUGUCCUUGAACUGUGCUUGUCAUUCCACGGAGACGACGAGUUUUGGUACUCAAACCCGCCGGAUGCAUACAUUAUACUGAAUAAUUUAAGCACAAGGCGCGGUCACGGAGCUUUCCGGGAAGUUUAUGUGGCAAUCGACGGGAACUUUGUGGCUUCAGAGAUCCCAUUUCCGGUUAUAUUCACAGGGGGAAUCAACCCGCUUUUCUGGGAGCCGGCAGUUGCGAUAGGUGCCUUCAAUCUUCCUUCCUACGAUGUCGAAUUGACGCCAUUUCUAGGGCUUCUGUUGGACGGGAAGCAUCAUGAUUUCCAGCUGGGGGUAUCAGAGGCUGUUUCAUUUUGGCUUCUCGGUGCAAACUUGCACCUCUGGUUGGAUCCACACCUUAUGAAAGUAGAAGCAAAAUCUGUUGUUUACCAAGCUCCAACUCUAUCAGUAGAACGCCAAUCGGAAUUCAAGAUGCUCGAUGGAUCGUUCGAGAUCGAAGGGGAAAGGAAGACGAGGGUUGCAGGGUGGGUGAACUCGGGAGACGGCAACUUGACCACUCACAUGUCCCGGAGAAUCAAGUUCAAGAGCUCCAUAAGUUUCCAGAAGAAUGGAACUUCAAAAUUGGUGAAACAGAAGAUCAAGGUGAAGACAGAUGUGAGGGUGUUAUCCCAUACGGGAGGUUUGAUCUCCAGAUCAUCCGUUAAGAGGAAGUACCCACUCAACAUCAUCACUUCAACUCUACCAGGAAAAGAUAAGGAUACUUAUCUUAUAAUGACCAAUGUUUCCCAUGCGCUGAAAGAAAAAUUGCGUACAAGGGGAGAUCAGUUAAGCUCGGUGUCGAACAGCCAGGUUUCGGGGGGAUGGAUGGUGGUCAAGGAUCACUCGGUGAGCUCCGGCGCGGCGGACACGCAGCAAGCUUUGAGCCACAGGAAAGGACGUAGCUGCUAUUCGCGGACUAUUGCAGCAGCCAACGGGAAGGUCCUCACUGACCAAUCCUCGGAUGCUUGUGAAGCUUCCUGGUAAUCUCAUUGCGUUGGCAUUUUCUCCAUUGCAAGAGUCUCUUUAGCGACUGUUCCGACUUUUUGGUUUGCAUCUUUAUUUUAAUGUCAUCUCGUGGUGCUGUCUUUGCUCUAGGACUAGUAAAAGAGAAACUAGCAGAUGAGCCUGUAAAUAUAUUGCUUGUUUGCACGCUAGUCUCUGUAAUAAAAGUAAUUCUGAAGCA